CGGCGCAGGGCCGGGCGGGGCGGGCGGCGCAGCUCCGCCCGGCUCCCACCAUGAGCGCUGAGCUCAACGUGCCUGUGGACCCAUCCACCCCCGCCUGCUCGGAGCCCGGCCACAAGGGCAUGGAUUACCGGGACUGGGUCCGCCGCAGCUACCUGGAACUGGUCACCUCCAACCACCACUCGGUGCAGGCCCUGUCCUGGAGGAAGCUCUACCUGAGCAGAGCCAAGCUAAAGGCCUCCAGCAGGACCUCCGCCCUCCUCUCCGGCUUCGCCAUGGUGGCCAUGGUGGAGGUGCAGCUGGAGACGCAGUACCAGUACCCGCGGCCGCUGCUCAUCGCCUUCAGCGCCUGCACCACGGUGCUGGUGGCCGUGCACCUGUUCGCCCUGCUCAUCAGCACCUGCAUCUUGCCCAACGUGGAGGCGGUGAGCAACAUCCACAACCUCAACUCCAUCAGCGAGUCCCCCCACGAGCGCAUGCACCCCUACAUCGAGCUGGCCUGGGGCUUCUCCACCGUGCUGGGCAUCCUGCUCUUCCUGGCCGAGGUGGUGCUGCUCUGCUGGAUCAAGUUCCUGCCCGUGGACUCGAGGCGCCAGCCCGGCCCCCUGCCCGGCGCCGGCGGCCACACGGGCUGGCAGGCCGCCCUGGUGUCCACCAUCAUCAUGGUGCCCGUGGGCCUCAUCUUCGUGGUCUUCACCAUCCACUUCUACCGCUCGCUGGUGCGCCACAAGACCGAGCGCCACAACCGCGAGAUCGAGGAGCUGCACAAGCUCAAGGUGCAGCUGGACGGACACGAGCGCGGCCUGCAGGUGGUCUGAGGGUGGGCGUGGCCUCGCGGCCUGCAGGUGGUCUGGGGUGGGCGUGGCCCCGCGGCCUGCAGGGGGCGUGAGGGAGGGCGCGGGCCCCACCAGGCUGCGUGGACACUGCCGGACAGUUCAAGACCAAAGUUCCGCUCCUGUCUUAACGCUGCCAUCGCCUCCGUGGUCCCCUCAGGAAACGGGGCUCUGGCUAUGAGCUCGGGGGCAGAGACAGACCCGGCCCCCUGGCCCUGGCCCUGGCCCCGGGCGAAGUGAAGAGCCCGGGGUGAGGAGGCUGUGCUGUCAGCCCUGCCCCAGGUAGGGUUCCAGGCAGCACCCAGUGGGCAGAGGCGUUUCGGAGACCUAGCGCCACUGGCUGGCGGGGGCUGUGGAGGGAGACCCGAGGUGGGCGGUGUGGCCACUUGGCCAGGGGCAACUGGCAGGGACCAGGGCUCUGGCUCGGUGCCUCCCCCAGCCCUGCAGGGAGUCACGGGGGAAAGCAGGAGCCUGGGGCACGGGCCGGCUCGGCCGAAGGUCACGGCCUGGGGGUCAGGAAGGGGUGUCUGGACACCCACGGAGGAGGCCAGUGGCUGGAGUGCUCUCCCCCCGCCAGCCCGGUGCCCUGGCUUCGUGCGGCCCCCAGGCGGAGAAGGACCCCUGGUCCAUGGCCUCUCAGGCUGAGUUGUCGCCCAUGGGGAAGAGGACAGCCUGGGAGGACUGGGGCAGUGGGGUCAGUGGGACCCCUCCCCCAGCUCUGCCUCGCUCCGCCUCUCGUGGACACGGGCCACCGCCGCGCGGUGUGGGCUCUGGCUGUCACCAGGGCAUCGCAGGCCUGAGCAUGCCCGUGUACGACAGCUGCCCCUGCACCGCUCAGCUUGUCCCGGUCACCGGCGGCGACCUGGACAGGGCGGCCUUGUCUCUCGUUCUCAGUUGUUGAUUUCUCUGUGCUCAGCUUAGUGUCUGUGGGGUCUGGGUUGUCUGUGCCCCGGGGGUUCUGGGAUUGAGACACCCACAGCUCCGUGGUGCCGAGGACCCCCUGUGAGUGGGCCAUCCACCAGGAGCCCUGGCACGCGUCUCGCAGCCCAGUCUCCCCACAGCCACGUCCCCUGCGUCUCUGCUCCCCUGGAGCCUUCCUGGCGAGGCCCACCUGGCUUGGCAUCGCCCCACACCCAGCAGCAGCGGCUGCCACUCCUAGGCGGCCGCCCGGGGUCCAGCUCUGCAGCUAGGAGGGGCUGCACCAGCCACUUUCCCGGCCGCCCUGGGGUCAGUUACUUCUCCAGACCUAGGCAGAGCCCUCAGCCUGGCCUGGCCCCAUCAGAGUCAGCCCCAAGGGCUCAGCAGGGUGCCACGGGGAGGGGAGAUGCCACAGCCCCGGGUGACACUGAUCGGUGAUGCGCUUGGUGGUGUUCGCCCAGAGCACACCCAGCGCCAGCCUUCUGGCUGCAAGGCACAGCGGGCAGCCUCUGGGGGACGUGACCAUGGGUGCGAGGAGUUGGUGGGGGCUCCUUGGGAGGGACAGCCACUCCGCAGGGCAGGGAACCGCAAGCUGGCUGGUUCCCGGGGUUUAACCUGACUCUGCAGUGCGCUAAAAGCCGGGCCUGAGCGGGCCCACCCCAGUUCCCUGUGGCGGGAUGAGAGGGUUUCUCUUAGAAACCGCCAAGGAGGUCUGCUGGGGCCAGCCAUGGACCUGCGCCAGCCGUCUGUGCAUGACAUCCUGUAGCCCACGCGUGGUGUGCGUAGCCCAUUCUGUGUACGGGUUUUUCAAACAGUCGUCCUGGAUUGAGCCGAAUAAAUCCACGAAGCUGCUCGGCACUCUUUCUGCUCUUGGUGGGGCACCACCACCGAG